AUGAUUCCAGGUACACUAUUUCCUAGUGUAUGGCUGAGAUUUAACUGUCAUUGUCCUUCGUGUAAACAGCAGCACAGCGGCCAGAGAUUGGUAGAUGUAGCUGAUAUUGAUAUUGACACACUAGUCAAAACGACAGAGAUUUCAAAAAAUGGUGACGUAUUGCAUUUAGAAUGGUCGGACCACAAAGGACAGAUUCCAAUUAAAUUUUUAAAAGACAAUAAAUUGUCUGUCAGUGAAAUUGGAAACAAAUUUUCAUGGAUCUUAGAUGAUGAUAUGACAAUAACAAAAAUGGCGUACAGUGAUAUUAUAUCAAAUAAAAACAACAAAGCACGAUUUGUACGUGAAAUAAACGAACGUGGUUUGUGUCUCCUCACAGGCGUCCCUAUAGAAGAAGAUAUGGUGGCUAGGGUAAUUUCCUACUCCACGAAUGAUAACCAGACGUUUCCGGUUCGAGAUGUCCCAAACCCAAUAAAUAUUGCUUACUCUACGGCAUAUUUGCCCCUUCACAAUGACCUACACCAUUACGAGUCUGGACCAGGAUUAUUUUUUUUGCAUUGCCUAGAGUUUGAUGAAUGUGUAGAAGGUGGGGAAAGUAUUCUUCUUGAUGUUAAUCGUGUAGCUGAGGAAUUCAGAAUUCAACAUCCAGAGGAUUUCAAAAUCUUGACCCAAAAUGCCGUCACAAUUCAAAAAGUUCAUUAUGAGAGAGACUGGCCAGUUGAUAUGACAUACAAAAGACCACACAUCAAACUCAAUGAUAAGGACGAGAUUGUUGCAGUUUGUUGGGCACCACCCUUUGAGGCACCAUUUUCUGGUAAACUGGAAGAUGUUGAGCCAUACUACAAGGCAUACCACAAGUUUGCAAAGGCUGUGAAAUACUCACCUAAUAUUUUCAAAUUCAAGUUAAGGCCGGGAGAUUGUAUAGUAUUUAACAACAGGAGAAUUCUACAUGGAAGAGCUGAGUUCAAGUCAAAUGGGGGUAGCAGAUAUCUUCAGGGUUGCUACAUAAAUAUAGAUGAAUUUAAAAGUCAGGUAAAAGUUUUGUGUAAAUUGUCAGGAGACUACAGACCGAUUAAACCUGUAGGUAACGGGUGCUGGAUAACAAGUUAACUGUGUAAAUAAAUAAACUAUGUGUAAUGAUGUUUAUAUAAAAACAACAACAACAAUAACAAAUAGUACAUGUCAUACAAUGAUAACUGGUAAUCAACAGUCAUUAUACAUAUGCAGUCAUUUAAUAGAAUAGAAGAAUAUUACAUGGCCUUUUUUCAAUAUCACACCUAUAUUAAUUCUGCUCUAGGAAUUAUAUUGGUUGAAGAUUGAUACGGUUUUCAGUUUCAAAGGCAGUAUCAUAUACACUUUACAAUGUAGAUUAACUUGUUGUUUUUCUAUUUAGGUGUAAAUAGGACUGUGUAACCGUGACUGAUAUUCAUAUUAUCACAUAUGGCUGAUAUAGAACGAUUGUUAUUGAUUGUAUUACACAUAACAUUUACUUGCAUAUGUAUAAUGUAAUAAAGAUAUACCUGA